UUUUCCCCAGGCAAAGUGAAAUCAAGCCGCGGACUCGGACAACAUAUAGUCCCCGUCUUUCAACUUAAAAUUAUCGACGGAAAAGCUCCCCCGCUCCCCGGUCGGACCCCUCGACGUUCGGCCGUCAUCUGGAGAGGACCCGUCCGGGGCCUGAGCUCUUUCCACCGGGUUUGGAGCACUUUUGAAGACGGGCGGAAAGUGGGUGAUGAGUCCUAGCCUGUAAAAGAACCGAGAACUUGCUUUGCAGCCCGAGUAGUUCUUCUUUCAAUUGUUAUUGUCGCUUUAAAUGAUCUUUAAUUCACUUAAACUUCGUCUCGGCCGCGUCGAAAGUGGGAGAAAAGUGCUUUUCUAGUCGGAACAUGGAACUACAAGGCCUGCAAGAGGCGCUGAAAGUAGAAAUCCAAUGUCAUCAGGACGGAGAGCUUAAGAGACAGCUGCACGACAGGCAAACAAGAAUAACAGCCCUGAGCGAUAAACAAAAUCAGACGUUGUGCAAGGGCCUGAAUGAACUUCAAAAUGGACAGAAGCUGGCGGUCAGAAGUUGUCCUGUAGGGACGACUAAGCCGCUGUCUCUCAUCAAGCCUCCCAGCCAGGGCAUCGCCAUCUCCGUGGUGCCGGCCAAGGCUCCCGUUUCCAUGGUGACCGCACACAUCAACGGACAGAAGGCGGCCGGCUCGGAGCCGCUGCAGACGUCCCCCAUCAACCUCCAGACCGGCGGCAGGGUGGCGGCAGCCGGAGUCCACCCGUUCGGCAGCAGGAGAGCCGGGGAGCUGCCUCCCUCUCAGAUGCUGGGAACUCUCACUGCCGUGCCCAUCAAGGUGCCUCAAGUCAGCUCCCUGCACCGGCUGACAGGACAAGCAGCCACCGUGCUACCUCAGGUCAGGCCAAAGACCCAGAUCCCGGACAGCCUUCCCCACAGUCCCUGUCGGGAGCUGCAGCCUCUCAGCCUGCAGAAGGCCACCGCCGUGGUCAGCCCUAAGAGCCAGGGCCCCACCCUGCCCACCGCCAACAGCACCUUCAGUCCCGACCACCAGCCCAACGGCCAGAGCGACGCCUCGCCGCCCCCGGCCCCGUCGGGGGGCCCGGACUCCAGUGGCCCCGCCCAGCACGCCUCGGCAGGGCCGGGCGUGGCGUACGCCAUCAUCGCCGCCUCCCCCGCCACCGGCAACGGGGUGUCCGCCGUCAGCGAGGCCGUCAAGGUGAUAAUAAUCCAGCCGCAGGCCCCCAGCAGCACUGAGGGGUCCCCGGGGGCCCAGGCUGACCUCCCAUCACAGGAGGCCCCGCCCGCCCCAACAUCCCCCUCCCAGAAGAAAGACGAGGACCCAGAGAAAAUCGCCUUCAUGGUCGCCCUCGGCCUCGUCACCACAGAACACCUGGAAGAAAUCCAGACGAAGAGGCAGGAGAGGAAGAGACGAAGCACAGCCAACCCGGCCUACAGCGGCCUGUUUGAACCCGAGCGUAAACGCCUGGCGUCACAUUACCUGAACAGCUCGCUCUUCCUGUCAGCACGAGACACCGAGGAUUUCUGCUGGAAGGAGGGCUUGGAGCAUGACGACCACUGUGCCGUCUGUAAGGAGGACGGCGAGCUGCAGCCCUGCCACAACUGCCCCCGAGCCUUCCACCCCGACUGCCUCCACCCGCCCCUCAAAACCCCCCCCAGAGGCCCCUGGUACUGCCCCAAGUGCCAGAAGAAGGUUCUGAAUAAGGAGAACAUGUCGUGGCCACAGAACUUUGUUCAGUCCUACGUUACACACAAGACGGUGAGGCAGGAGGAGAAGCGACGGCUUCUGAGAAGAAACAACGAGCUGAAGAAAGAGUGCACUCAUCUGGAGGAACAGGACAAGCAGCUCAACAAGACGCUCAAACAAUGUAUGGACCUGAGAGAGAGACUCCUGGGUCAGCAGAGAGACACUCAGGCGUCGCUCGACCGCCUCAAAGCUCUGAUCAGGUUGAUCCAACGCGACCAGGUCAUCCAGGUCACCAUGACGACCACCACCACCAUCGCCGCCUCCCUGCUCUCCCAGUCCUGGAUCAAGCCCACCAGCACCGCCGCCCCGGGCCCCUCGGCCACGCCCCUGCAGAAGAGCCACGCCCACAGCCCGGACAAGCUCAACGACUAGCCCCGCCCCCAGGCGCUCCGACUCUUUUACCGAAACGUCGAGGGCCGUGAUGAUUUCUUUUCUCUGAAUAGCAUCUAACCAUCUUUUCUCCGAGAGCUGAAAAAAGCGACAAAAACUGAGAGCCUCCGUCCUCCACUCGAUUCAAGUAUUUUUUAAGACCCAACACCUACAGUGCUUACGAGAUUUCUUUUUUUAAGUUAUUUUCUAUUUAUUAAUGUUCUUGGCCUUAAUGUAUUUAUUACAAAAAGUUAGACUACAGAGCCGCUGCGGGAACACGAGGACGUUUUCCUGCGCGCUCCGAAAGAUAUUUCCCUUUUUUUAACCACAGGUAUAAUUAUUGUUCUGCAUAUAGUGAGAGAGAACAGUAGAGUUAGUCGUAGUCAAAGAAAACAGGAGCCAUGGAAGCGAAAGGACUGUACAUUGAUAUAUCCGAGUAGGUGUUUGUUCUCAUUCUCCUAUGAACAAUGUUUUUGCCAUAAUAAUUCAGGAAAAUGUUUUCAUCGUGUAUGUAAACGCGUACGAGCCUUCAAACAAAAACAGAGAAUAACUUUUUUUCAGUAUUAAUAGAGUUAAAGUCAAAGAAAAAAGUAUUUAAGAUAAAACUACAGAAAUUAGCAUUUCUAGUGGAGAUUUUAGUAUUUUCAUGCUGAUGCCUGUUGAUAAAUGUAAGUUUGGAGUAUUCAAGGGGAUCACUGUACAUAUGUUGUAUUAUUAUUAUUAUUAUCAUCAUCAACGCAGGUUUUCUUGGUUGUCAGACUCAACUGGAGUUCACAUCUGAAACUGAGGCGAGUCCCUGGUUGUCGAACUGUUUCUUUUCUGCGACGGCAGCACAAACAAGAACGUGACUCCAGUCAUAUUCUCUCUGUUUUCCCAUUAACGAGUAGGAAAAAGGAAUUCAGUUACUUCAGAUAUCUGCUUGUUGAAUCUAAAAGGGAGGGGAGAGGUGUGCCUAACUUAGGAGUAGAAAUAUUAGGGCAGCCACUAACCAUCCUUUUCAGUCGUUUACGGAUUCUCUCAGCUCACUGUGACCUAUCAAAUGCUUUUUUUCUAUUUAGGGCCGAUAAAUACGUUUAAACUACUUUUGUUUUGUUGGAAAUUUCUGAACCAUGUUCUUGUUUCUGCUGCUGUUCCUCGACAACGGGGACUAAAGUGUUGUUUGUUCACAGCUGCACUCGAACACAAACAUGUUGACGGACACUUGAGUUCAGUUGAUGUGUGAUGCAUCCGUUCAGUCCCUUUUCCCCUUUAACCAGUAUAGAAAAUAUGCCAAAAACUCUUUGUUUUUGUACUGGGAUCGUUCAUCUAUCACUAAUGUCUAUAGUGCUUUUUUUUUUCAUCCCUGCCUGUUUUAUAUUUUUUGCUUUGAAGCUUUUUUUACUCGUGUUUCUUGAACGUUUUAACAGUGACGAGCCUGUUAAUGCGACAGAUGAACACUGCCUCAAGUACAAAUCGUUUGAAUAUCCAGGGUUUUCGUCUUUGUUGCGUCAUUUUAUGGACACCGGUCAAUCAGAAAUGGGACAACUCUGUCAAACUGCAACAACACUUUUUGACUGUCGGUGGACCCGCGGGACAGAGACGACGUCGUCUUUCAUCGCGUCCCUUUGGUCCAUUUAUCUCGCUAGUCUUCCUGCUGGUCCAGAGAGGUUCCGCUUAAAUGUUAAAAUCGUAGAUUUAGUCCAUUUUUUAUUUAACUUUAUCAUACUGUACUCACCACACAGUCGAGGUGCAGCUCUCUGCCACCUGUUGAUGCACAAACAUGAACAAAUGGUUGAAAUAAUUCAGAGAAAAAAUGUCUUUAUCAUAAGAAAAGAAGAGGGAAUUAGUGAAGUUAGAAAUGAGAAGAGGUGAUUUCCUUUGAUUUGAAUCAUAUCCUGGUCACCGGUGUUUGGCCCCAAGUAUCAAAGAUACCGAAAAGAUCCUUAUUGUUGGAGCAGCAUCAUCUGCGCGGCACAAACAAAUAGAAAUACUGGCGCUUCGGCGGCGGCGAACGAGUCCGACCACCGAGCAGUAUGGCAUCGAAACGGUUACAGAACACAGAAAUGUUGAAAGGCCUCAGUCUGCCUCAAAUGAACCGGUUCACACAACGGAAACUCAGGGUUGUCGGACCUUCUGCUUCGGACGCAGCCGAACAGGCGACUGACCCGAGGGACAGGUGGUCUCAUACGACCUGAGAGGACGUUUGUUUGAAGGAAACUGAGGCUUCAACUCGGACGGUCUGUUUUCCUCAGUCCAAAGGAGUGUUUCUCUAAAAAAGGGCUUUUCGUUUUCCACUAAUAGAUAUUUAAAAAGCUACCAGUGAAAAAUAAUUUCCUUGAAAAAUGACAAUUGGCAAAGACUAAGAGGAAAGGAUCCAAGUAACUCAACUCUAGUGCUGAAAAUAAUUUUCAUUUUCAAUUAAUCAUCGUUCUGUAAAAUGCCGUCAUGUCACGUCCUGACAAAUCAUAAAACUGAUCCUACACACGGACACGUAAACCCUGAAACCGAGUUCAACUGUGUGUGUGGCGAUAAAGUAUUUUGACAUAAAAGUUGUGCUCUAACGACAGAAAUGAAUUGGUUCAGUUUCUGGUUUAAUUCUGCUCCCACGCGACUUAUCAGUGACGCCAUGUUCUCCGGACGCAGAGGAGCGCAGACCUCGAGCAGCUCGGCUCAGAGUCGACUGUAACACAACAAAAAGUCUCUCACGGUAUCAACACACAGUAAAGGAUCUUCUAGGUCGACAAGUUCUCGCCGUCACACUGAGCCAAACGCACAAGCUGAUCAGAAUACAGAGCCUGGACGGUGUCUGCACGGGGACAUUUUUGAUCCUUCAGAUGACCCAUGUCUGCAUGUCACACUUACUCUGUUUACUCAGCUCCUGGUAAAUCCAGGUGUUAGAGCAGCAGAGCUGUAGAGCCUCCUAACACCCGAAAAAAUUCUUUACACUUGAACUAAAGCAUCUAGAAUCAGGGGAAAGGAGCAGAAUUUAGCAUAAAUGUAACGACGUGAUUUACUAACUGAUCCAAGUGUUAUAAUGUUUCUUGACAUUGCUUGAGCUGAGGCCGGCUGCCUCCACGGACAACAGAAAACCCGUUACCCAAAGCUCCGCUCCACCUCAAACACAUUAGACCACCUUUGUUAUCCAUUAACCUGACUGGCCUUUUGGUGUUUUGGGGUUAUUGUUUCAGCUCUAGCAUCAAGUUUCUGGGGUUCUCUGUAGCUGCAGACUGAGUCAUUUCAGGAACAAAAUGAUCGAAUGACCUCUCCCAGGCUCUGUAUCUGUAAGACCGACAGACAGCAGAUGUGCAUCAACACCGCAUCUGACUUGCCUUCAGAAAUGAAUAAAAUCACCAUCAGGGCGGAGCUGGUUCAGAUCGAAUCUCGCAGCUGGAUUUUACCUGGGUGAAGCGGUCGAGCUGCCGACACCAGAAUCCGCCACGUGACGCAUAUCCAGUCCUCACCUGAGAGCUGCAGGGGGGGGGGAAAUCCAAGAUGGAAACCAUAUCAGAGCUCCGUGUCGCGUCGAUACCGCGCCGUCACACCCCGCCUACCCCCUAAAAAGGAAUAAUAAAAAACAACCCCACCCGUCCCUCUUCAUCCAUUUCUAGAAAUCUUCUCCGGGAGAAACUGUGCAGUGCUUAAACAGAUCUAUUUUAAUACACGACACAACAUUUGAACAAAUGAGAAAAAAAAAAAAAGUUAGAACAUUUUUAUAUUCUUUUAUCAAGGAGCAAAAGGAUUAAGAAAACAGAACAUUGGGAUUUUCUAUCGUUUGCCAGUUCUGCAUUCUGACUUCUAGCUUACAACCUUCUGUGUAUUAUUUUGCCACGAGGAGGCGACGACACGACGAGGGUGUUUAGAUGGAAACGAAAAUGUCUGUUGGCUGUUGAAGUAGAAGUUUUUUCUUUGUCAUUAAUAAGGGGACUGUCCAGUGGAUAGUGUGUAUAGGAAAGUGUUUGUCUUAAAUAUGCCAAUGUAGUUUUCUCUUCUUUAUGAUGCAUUAAAAAGUUGAUCGAUGGAAGUUGCUAAAUGGUUAAAGAGUAGUCUCACUUUUUUGUACCGAGUUCUUACGAAAAACUGAAUCAUUAAUAAACAAAAUUC